AUGAUAUAUCUUCCCCUACUUGUAUUCCGUCACGUCAAACCCACAUUCGCCAUGUCGGAAACCAUGAAGGCGUGGCAGUACGUCUCGCCAGGCGGCACCAUCUCUACCCACAUCGCACUCGCCACCACCUCUAAACCUCUCCCCUCCUCUCUCAAGGGCUCUGACAUCCUCGUCAAAGUAGCCGCCGCAGCUAUCAAUCCCGCCGACUACAAGUUUCCGCAGAUAGGCUUCCUCUCACGCACCAUCCUCUGCUACCCCAUGAAACUCGGCAUGGACGGCUCCGGCACCGUCUCAGCAGUUGGCCCAGACGCUGACGUUGCGAUUGGCGAUCACGUCACCUUCCACAUCGAUCUGCGAGAUUCUACCGCUGGGGCACUGUCGGAAUAUAUCGUGGCUAAAAAGGAAGGCUACGCGCAUAUUAGCAGGACCACGGACCUGAUUCAGGCGGCUAGUCUUGGCACGGCAGCCCUGACGGCGUACCAGACGAUACAGCCAAACGUGGAAAGGGGCGAUAGCGUCUUUAUCAACGGAGGGGCGGGUGGCGUGGGCACGUUUGCCAUCCAGAUGGGCAAGAUCCUGGGGUGCUAUGUCACAACUACGUGCUCAGGGGCAAAAGCAGAGAUACUCAAGGGACUAGGCGCGGACGAGGUGAUUGAUUACAGGACGCAAGAUGUCGUAGAGACGCUCAAGAGUUCGGGGAGGAAGUAUAACCUGGUGCUGGAUCGCCUAAUAGACUAUGGGCAAGAAUGCGGCGAAGGCGCUGUUUUUGCCGAGAUGGUUGGGGGGGGGGCGAGACACAGAGUGCAGACGUAUCUGACGUAUAACUCACGUGAGGAUUUGGCGCAGAUUGCGGCGUGGUUGGACGAAGGGAAGCUGAGGGGGGUGAUUGACAAGGUGUUUGAGUUUGGAGACGUGGUGGAGGCGUUUGAGUACUUGAAGACGGGAAGGACGACGGGAAAGAUUGUUAUUCAUGUACCGUAG